CCAGCCUCCUUCCUGCUCUGCAGGCGUAAGGGGAGAGAAGUGUAAGAGAGCGUUGGAGGUGGUGUCUAACUGGAGGUCGUAGAGUGGAGGCGGGGAAGCAGCAUGGCAGUAGCGUUAAUGCUCAGAGUCUCCGUCGCUUUGCUGCACAGGCAAAGGAGCGUGUAUGCAGGCAGCAUUGCAAUGGUGUCUUCUAGGGCAAUGGCUUCCAAAACCCCUGUUGGAUUCAUUGGUUUGGGUAACAUGGGAAAUCCAAUGGCAAAAAACCUUAUGAAACAUGGCUAUCCUGUUAUUGCGUAUGAUGUGUUUCCAGAGGCUUGUAAAGAAUUUCAAGAUUUGGGUGCACAGGUGACUGAUUCCCCAGCAGAUGUAGGAGAAAGAGCUGACAGGAUUAUUACAAUGCUUCCAUCUAAUCCUAAUGCAAUAGAAGUGUACACAGGUUCCAGUGGAAUUCUGAAGAAAGUAAAGAAAGGUUCUUUGUUAAUAGACUCCAGUACCAUUGAUCCUGCCGUUUCAAAAGAGCUAGCAAAAGAAGCUGAAAAAAUGGGAGCAGUAUUUAUGGAUGCCCCUGUUUCUGGUGGUGUUGGAGCUGCUCGUGCAGGGAACCUUACAUUCAUGGUUGGGGGAGUCGAGCAAGAAUUUGAUGCUGCAAAGGAGCUCCUUACAUGUAUGGGUUCCAAUGUGAUCUACUGUGGAGAAGUUGGAACUGGACAGGCAGCAAAAAUCUGCAACAACAUGCUAUUAGCCAUCAGUAUGAUUGGAACUGCUGAGACUAUGAAUCUUGGAAUCAGGUUAGGGCUUGACCCAAAGCUGCUGGCCAAAAUCCUAAAUAUGAGCUCAGGGCGUUGUUGGUCAAGCGAUACUUACAACCCUGUGCCAGGCGUAAUGGAAGGAGUACCUUCUGCUAACAAUUACCAAGGUGGCUUUGGAACAACCCUCAUGGCCAAGGAUCUUGGCUUGGCCCAGAAUUCUGCUACCAGCACUAAGACGCCAGUUCCUCUAGGAUCUCUAGCUCAUCAGGUCUACAGGAUCAUGUGUGCCAAGGGCUAUGCCCAGAAAGACUUCUCCUCCGUAUUCCAUUUCUUACGUGAGGAGAACUUGUGAAACCUCUUCUGACAAGGGACGCUGUUAAAAACCAAACUUUCUGUGGAGCCUCCUUGCAAAUUACUCAAGAAGUACAUGGGUUUAAUCACAGAUCAUGAAUCACGAUCUCACCUACACUUACCUGCUGGGGUCACAGCAAGAUCCAGGAUUUAUCAUCUGUUGUUUGAAAAAGUGUGGGAAAUUUUAUUAUUUUUAUUAUUUGUUUAACAAUAAUACAUAACUGAAAAAACAAAACAAAAGAACCGUAGUAAGGUUUAAAGAAAAUCCAGCAUGCAGGUAUUUGCACAUAAAACUGAUGGCAUGGUUCUCCACUGUGCAUUAACUGUGAUAAAAGGGAUUAAUACUGAGCUUCCUAUCUAAGUAACAAACUUUCCUCUUUAAACAAAAGAUUCUUUUAAUGAAAAAUUUCCCGGAUAUUUUUUUAAGCCUAGCUUUUGCUGAAUUAUAAAUGGUAGAUUUCUCAUGACGUUACUGGUGGAAGAUAGUUAAGAAAUAAUUAAAAAUUGUUGGAAAGCUGCUAUCCAUAUGGUUUAAAAUGGUAGACAUAGUUAAAAUAACAGUGUGUGUGUGCGUGCGCAUGUGUGUUUCCAACUCUAACCUGAUUUUAUACUACUUUUUUUUAAAAAACCCUUUUCACACAUUUUCAAAAGUUCUUGGUCUUCUAACUUCAUUAAUACACACUUGGCUUGGGCAACUACUGCAUCAUUAUAUAUCUAGAUUGGGAGGGAAGCAUCAUUUUGAAAUAAAUAAAAUGCAAGAUGGCAAAGGAUCUCUAAUUCUUAUUAUUUUGCUUGUUUUGCUUUAAUUGUUGUUGGUUUCUGUGCAUUCAAAUAGAGGUGAAAGUGUAUUUGAAAAAUAUGUAAAGAGAAUCAAACACCUGUAAACUAUGUAAAUGUCUAUGGUUAAGUAAAUUCAUUAAAUUUUUCCUGCUUGUUUGUUUAGAA